AUGGAGACAAGACGCUGGGGACCGAACCAGACCCACCCUGUGAAGAGGGGAUCGGAGCCGAGCCGCCGGCGGGCACAGGUCCAGGAUCAGAAGGGGCUUGUUUCUUUGGUAUUUGAGUGUGGCAAUGGCCAGUUUGUCCAACAUGUCACUGGUGGAUGUGGAUUUUCCCAGCAGGACAAAAAAUGUGGAUUCCCCUUGAAACUACUCACAAGGGUGGGUCUGGUUCGGUCCCCAGGGUCCUGUCCCCCUGCCGAUCUCGCCAUACUGAAGGCUUCUCCAGGCAAACCCGCGCUGCAUAUGUGUGGGACCCAGGAGUGUCAUGGGGGUCUGACCCACAUGGGCCUUGGGGUAAAGACCUGGAGAAUAGGCAGGGAGAAGCCGGCCACGCGCAGGUGCUGGUGGGUGACAGCCCCAGUUGCCUGCUCUGCAGUGUCCAGGUGGAAAUCCCUAGACCGAGUCAUCAGGGUUGAUAGGAUACUGGAGAGGGGGUUGUUGUCAUUCAAGGAUGUGGCCAUAGAAUUCUCUCCAGAGGAGUGGGAAUGCCUAGACCCCCCUCAGCGAAUAUUGUACAGGACUGUGAUGUUAGAGAACCAUAGAAACCUGGUUUUUCUAGGACUUGCUGUCUCAAAGCCAGACCUCAUCACAUGUCUGGAGCAAAGGAAAGAGCCCUGGGAUGUGAAGAGACAUGGCACAUUAGCCAAACUUCCAGCUGUGACUUCUCAUUACACUGAAGGCCUUUUGCAAGAGAAGAGCAUAGAAGAUUCACUUGCAAAGGUACCAAUGGGUAAAUAUGGUAAAUAUGUCCUUAAGAACUUAUGCUUACAAAAAUCUUGGGAAAAUGUGCAUGAGGGUGAAGGACAGAUAGAAUGCUCAGUUGCAAAUAAUCAUUACAAAUGUAACAAGAGUGUGGAAGUCUUUCAUCAACAAUCCAAAUUUGUUAUCCACCAGAGUAUCCAUAUUUCUGAUAUGGCUUUCAAACAUGAUUAUGGCAAAACAUUUAACCGGUCCUCAAAAUGUAGUCAACAUCAAAAAAAUAGUGGAGGAUAUACACCCAAUAUAUGUGGGAAAGUGUUUAAGAAAUCAUCCUAUCUAAAUAGACAUGAAAGAAUCCAUAGGGGAGAGAGAGCCUUCAAAAGUGAAAAACAUGGCAAAGCCCUUAGCUAUUACUCAUGUCAUUCAAAAUAUCAUGCAGAGAAACUCUAUAAAUGUGAAGAAUAUAAUAAAACCUUUACUUGUUAUUCACAUCUUAGUCACCAUCAGAGAUUCCAUACUGCACAUAAACCAUAUAAAUGUCAAGUAUGUGACAAACCCUUUCAUCAAUAUUCAAAUGAUAUUCAACAUCAAAGAUACCAAACUGGAGAGAAACCCUGUACAUGUGAAGAAUGCGGUAAAGCCUUUUGCUCUCAAGGAGAAUUUCCUGGACAUAAGACUCUUCAUACUGCAGAGAAACCCUAUAAAUGUACAGAAUGUGGCAAAGCCUUUCACUGUCAUUCAAACCUUACUCAACAUGUGUUGAUUCAUACUGGAGAGAAGCCCUACAAAUGUGAAGAAUGUGGCAAAGCCUUUCACACUCGUUCACACCUUACUCGACAUACGGUGAUUCAUACUGUAGAGAAACCCUACAAAUGUGAAGAAUGUGGCAAAGCCUUUCACACUCAUUCACACCUUACUCAACAUACUGUGAUCCAUACUGGAGAGAAACCCUUCAAAUGUGAAGAAUGUGGCAAAGGCUUUCACAUUCGUUCUCACCUUACUCGACAUACGGUGAUCCAUACUGGAGAGAAACCCUACAAAUGCGAAGAAUGUGGCAAAGCCUUUCACAUUCGUUAUCACCUUACUCGACAUAUGAUGAUCCAUACUGGAGAGAAACCCUACAAAUGUCAAGAAUGUGGCAAAGCCUUUCAUACUUGUUCAGACCUUGCUCGACAUACUAUGAUACAUACUGGAAAGAAACCAUACAAAUGUGAAGAAUGUGGCAAAGCCUUUCACACUCGUUCAAAUCUUACUCAACAUAUGGUGUUCCAUACUGGAGAGAAACCCUACAAAUGUAAAGAAUGUGGUAAAGCCUUUCACACUCGUUCAAACCUUGCUCAACAUAUGGUGUUCCAUACUGAAGAGAAACCCUACAAAUGUGAAGAAUGUGGCAAAACCUUUCACACUUGUUCACUCCUUACUCGACAUAUGAUGAUCCAUACUGGAGAGAAACCCUACAAAUGUGAAGAAUGUGGCAAAGCCUUUCAAACUUGUUCACUCCUUACUCGACAUACAGUGAUCCAUACUGGAGAGAAACCCUACAAAUGUGAAGAAUGUGGCAAAGCGUUUCGGACUCAAGGAGGAUUUGCUGGACAUAAGACCAUCCAUACUGGAGAGAAACCCUACAAAUGUGCAGAGUGUGGCAAAGGCUUUACUUGUUAUUCGAACCUUAUUGUACAUCAGAGUAUUCACACUGGAGAGAGACCCUACAAAUGUGCAGAAUGUGGCAAAGGCUUUCCUUGGUACUCAAAGCUUAUUGUACAUCAGAGUAUCCAUACUGGAGAGAGACCCUACAAAUGUGCAGAUUGUGGCAAAGGCUUUCCUUGGUACUCAAAGCUUAUUGAACAUCAGAGUAUCCAUACUGGAAAGAAACCCUACAAAUGUGCAGAAUGUGGCAAAGACUUUAAUUCUCAUUCAUAUCUGACUCAGCAUACAGUGAUCCAUACUAGAGAGAAACCAUACAAAUGUGCAGAAUGUGACAAAGCCUUUGGCUCUCGUUCACGACUUACCCAACAUGCGAUGAUCCAUUCUGGAGAGAAACCCUAUAAAUGUGCAGAAUGUGGCAAAUCCUUUCAGUUUCAUUCACAACUUACUCGACAUACAGUGAUCCAUACUGGAGAAAAACCCUACAAAUGUGAAGAAUGUGGCAAAGCCUUUCGUUCUCAUUCACAACUUACUCAACAUACAAUGAUCCAUACUGGGAGAAACCCUAUAAAUGUGCAAAAUGUGGCAAAGCCUUUCAGUUUCAUUCACAACUUACUUGACAUACAGUAA